AUGAUCCAGUCGGAUCCGCACGAGGAGCUCUUCCUCGCAGAGAACAAGGAGAUCCGAUCAUUCGAGGGAGAGAGAGGUACAGCAGAGCAGGUGUCGCAGGAAGAGACGGAAGCUGUCACCAAGACGACCGGGUCAACGUCUUUGAACCAGUUCAUCCAGAUCCAGAAUGCAGAGUACACGAGAUCGCAGGGAGUGAGGGGGUCGGGAGAUAUCAGGCCUGACGAUAUUUCUGAAACCUCGCACACGACCUCGGUCGACACCACAACCUCUGGUUUGAAUGCAUCGCGGAAGAAAUACAUCAACAAAGACGGGAAACCAACAUCAGAAGAGAACAUCUAUUUCUUCCUUCAGGCGGUUGUCCCAAAGGUGCCCAAGGGAAGUUUCAGUCUGAGGCAGCUGUGGGAAUGGUUCGACAAGCCUUACGGGGUUGAAGUUCCCAUCCUCCUGAAAAGUUCGACCACUCAGACGCACCAUGUUGCUGCAGAGAUCACGCCAGCAUUCUACGUGCCUCACCUGUCUGCGAUCAAGGUCGCACCUUUGCUCCUGUUGACUCUUUUCGCCUACGUGCAGUUGUUUGUUCGCAAGGACUCACCGAGUUAUCCCCUAUGUGUCGAGCUCGCUGAGAUCAAGCAAAGACGAGAGGAGGAGAUCAAAGCUGCUAAGCUGGCGCUGGAGGCUCAGCAGAGGAGGGAGGAAGCUGCUUCGCUCUCAUGGGCUAGUCGAGUGUCUGCCCAGAUGGCGACACAAGGAGGCAUCAACCCGUAUGAGGAUGCUGGGAUGGAGGGAGGGGGGGACGGCUCAAACUCUGGCGGGCGGCCUCGCGAUCGAGGACAGGGAUCGUCUUGUCCCAAGUACUCAUAUGCUUCUGCUGUGAGCGGGCCCACAACGCAGAGUUCCAAGGGGGAGCAGGACAGCGGCCAGCCGCUCACUGACCGACAUGUUCAAAAAGGUUCGCCAGGCGAGUUGCGGGACGAGCAGGAGAAGAGAGCAGGCAAAGACGGAAGGCAGACGAGGAAAGGAGGUGACGGCGGUAGGCUGAUGUAUGAUGGUGAAGACACGAAAGCUUACCGGCCACGUUCUGCAGCCUCAUCUGGCGACACGCAGAGCGAAGCAGUCUUCGAGUUCUACGAGGAGAGAAGCCCUGGAGAACGACCUCCCUUGUAUGAUGGGAUGCUGGAGCUGCCUUCUUUGAAGACGGAGGGCGAGAGGGAAGAGGAGCUGCUAUCGCACAUCCUGAUGGAAAUCAGCAACGACGAUCUUGUGCUCGAACGCUCAUGGUUUGCAGUUGCAUGGUAUCCGAUCUUAUGCCACUCUAGAACCGCUCAUGCUAUUCGGGGAUCCUUCAUCACUUACUAUCACUUCAACUCGCAUGAGUCCUUCCAGGCUUCUCUCGACAGGCUCUACCCGUCCAAGAAAGGUUGCAAAGACCACAAGAGAGAAAACUCGGAGGUCUGUGCUGCUGAUAUCAUGUCCUCGCGCUCCCUCCUCCUCGAUCUCACUUGUCUCACAUCAAUCCUGUCCUCGAUGACGUUGUUUGUGUUCUAUUCUUCGUGCUCGUUGACUUCCCUCCGCCUCCAGCCUUUCUCUUCGGAGGCCACCGCUCAUGCAGCAGGAGUCCAGCAGCCAUCCGGCUCAUGCAGUGUCUGCUUGACAGAAAGGGAGGAGGGUGGGACGGACGACCAGCAGGCGAUCUCAGCGAUCCUCUCUUCCCUCGUGGACGCAGUGAUGGACCGCGUUAUGGAGAAGGAGGGAGAGGCCCUGCAGGGGAGCCAGGAGCAAGAUGCAGUUGCUGCAGCAGGGGAGGGGGGUGGCUCCCCUGGAUGUUGUGAAUAUUGUACAGUUAAGGCAGAGGACGUCAAUUUCGUCGACAUGUUCGGCUACAUGCACUAUAGGAUAAACAACGAGACUUGGUACCUCCUACGCAAAAGAAGCGCCCGGCCAACCUUGGCCUUCAAAGCCAGUCGCUCGUGCCCCAUAGACAAGGGAUACGAGAAGGCUCUCCGUUCGGGGCACAGGGGAAAGCACUGGGACUUUGAGUACAUUCUGAAGGAGAUCCCGCAUUAUGAGGUGAUAGGAGAGGAGCAGGCAGACUAG